UGUUCACCUCUGCAACAACACACGAAGGAGCGGCCAGCAACCAGGACACCCGACGAUGCCGCUCACUAUGAAUGAUGUGAAUGGCGCUGUGAAGAAGCGAGUGUCUUACUUCUAUGAUUCGGAGAUUGGCAACUACCAUUAUGGCCCCAACCAUCCCAUGAAGCCUCAUCGCGUUCGCAUGACGCACAACUUGGUGACGAACUACGGCUUGACCAAGCACAUGCAAAUCUACCGCCCCAAGUUGCUUGGAUGGGAAGAGUUGACUCGAUUCCACUCGGACGACUACAUUCAUUUCCUGCGAUUAAUCUCCCCGGACAACAUGCAUCACUACCUGCGUCAACUGCAGCGCUUCAACGUGGGCGAGGACUGUCCCGUGUUCGACGGUCUGUACGAAUUCUGCCAGCUGUACGCAAGUGCCUCCAUCGGCGGCGCUGCGCGCUUAAACGACAACAGCGCCGACAUCGUCAUCAACUGGUCGGGCGGGCUGCAUCAUGCCAAGCGGUCCGAAGCGUCUGGCUUUUGCUAUGUGAACGACUGUGUGUUGGGCAUUUUGGAGCUUCUCAAGGAACACCAGCGUGUGCUGUACAUUGACAUUGACAUCCACCAUGGCGACGGCGUCGAAGAGGCUUUUUACACGACCAACCGCGUCAUGACAGUAUCGUUCCACAAGUACGGGGAAUUUUUCCCCGGCACGGGCGAUGUCAAGGACAUUGGGUACGGCGAAGGCAAGAACUACGCAGUGAACUUUCCUUGCCGAGACGGCAUGGACGACGAAAGCUUUAGCGCGAUCUUCCGAUCGGUGAUGGCCAAAGUAAUGGAGCACUUCGCCCCGGGCGCUAUCGUCCUCCAGUGUGGCGCCGACUCGCUGUCUGGGGACCGCUUGGGCUCGUUCAACUUAAGCGUCAAGGGCCAUGCCGACUGCGUGGCGUACAUCCGCACGUUCAACGUUCCCAUGCUCGUGGUCGGCGGAGGCGGCUACACGCUGCGCAACGUUCCGCGGGCGUGGUGCUAUGAGACGUCUGUGCUGCUCGACGUCGACAUUCCCGUACAUUGUUUUUAUGUUUCGUCCUGGGUAUGUCUGGUAUGAGUUGUAAACUACGGUAGGACGCGAUGCCGUACAACGAUUACUUUGAGUACUUUGGCCCAGAGUACCGGCUCCACAUGCCCGUGAGCAACAUGGAAAACCUCAACACGCCGUCGUAUUUGAACGAAAUCAAGCAAUUGCUGUUUGAACAAUUGCGACAACUCGACCAUGCCCCCAGUGUGCCGUUUCACACGGUGCCGCCGAAAAUCGUGGCCGACGAGCCGGACGAAGACAUGGGCAACCCAGACGAGCACGCGGUCCACGACGCGCCGCAGCACCCCGCCGAGUACUUUGACAAGUGACGCGUGCGUCGUCAUCCCUCGUGGAAGCAGCAGCAGAUUGAACGGACGAUCUAACGAGGAAUAGUGAUAUUGUGCUUUCGAGUGAAAUUUCAUUGUGUUGUGGUUUCUCGUUGGAAUUUAAAUCGAUUUGAUUGGCUACCUCAGAUG